UUUUUUUCUUUCUCUUCCCUCCUCCAAAAUGAAGGUCCCUGAAAGGUUUUGGUUGUUCCUGAGCUUUGGCUGUGCUGCCUCCCUGAGCCCCUCGUGUCUGUCAGCCCAGUUCAGGAGAGCUGGGGAUUUUAUCCUGGGGGGUUUGUUCCCUUUUGGGAAGGACACGGUGAACGCGACAGCUCGCUCAGAGCCCACCUUGCUGCGCUGUGAGAGGUUAUUCACCGACGGCCUCAUCUGGGCUCUGGGGAUGAGAUUUGCCAUCGACCAGAUCAACAAUUCCAGCUCUCUGCUGCCAGGAAUAACGCUGGGUUAUGACCUGUACGACACCUGCUCCGAGCCCCUGGUGGCCCUGCAGCCCAGCCUGCUCUUCCUGACCCAAAAGGGCACCACGAGCAUCGGGGUUCUCUGCAACUACACCCAGUACCAGCCCCGCGUCACCGCCGUCAUCGGGCCCCACAGGUCAGACCUCUGCCUGCUCACAGCCAAGCUCUUCAGCUCCUUCCUGAUCCCACAGGUGAGCUAUGGAGCCAGCAGCGAGAGCCUGAGCAGCACGGAGCUGUACCCGUCCUUCUACCGCACGGUGCCCGGGGACAAGAGCCUGGUGGAGGCCGUGGUGCUGCUGCUCCACCAGUUUGGCUGGAACUGGGUUGCCACGGUGGCCAGUGAUGAUGAGUACGGUCGGGGAGCCCAGGCUCUGUUCCUCAGCACGGCUGGCACCGACAACAUCUGCAUCGCCUUCCAGGGGCUCAUCCCCGCGGACCUGGCCGAGCCCAGCGCUCGAAAGCAGCUGGAAAACAUCAUUGAAUUGAUUAACAGCACUGAAGUGAAUGUGGUCGUGCUGUUUGCUCACAGCCUGCCAGCUCAGGCCCUGCUGGAACACAGCAUCAGGAUGGGGCUGGCCAAGAAGGUCUGGAUUGGCACCGAGGCCUGGAUGCUGUCGGACAUCGCCGCCUCCACGCCCGGCAUCCAGAGCAUCGGGACAGUGCUGGGCUUUGUCACGAGGACAGGGACGGUCCCUGGCUUCCAGGAGUACGUGGCUGAGCUCUUCAGCUCCGUCGUGCAGGAGGAAUUCUGUCGGAAAUCCAGGGAGCUGAGCCUCCUCCUGAACGCGGAGGUGCUGGACACGCACUGCCAGCAGUGUGACCGCGUGGCCCUUGGGGACGUCUGGCCCAUGCUCUCGGUGACCACGGUGCAGCCAGUGCAGGUGGCCGUGUACGGCGUGGCCCACGCCCUGCACAGAGCCCUGGGCUGCACCUCCAAAGGCUGUCCCAAAACACCCAUCAGGUCCUGGCAGCUGCUGCACUUCAUGAACACCCUCCCGUUCGAGGUGAAUGGCCAGAGCUUCAAGUUUGAUCAGUCCCACGGCACAAACGCGGGGUACAAGCUCAUCUUCUGGGCCUGGAGGGAUGGCUCCGUGACCUACCUGCCCGUGGGGGACUAUGACCAGUCCCUGUACAUCCGGAAGUCCCAGAUCGAGUUCCACACCGCAGACAAGAAGGAGCCCACAUCCCAGUGCUUCAGGCGCUGCCAGCCAGGACAGUUCAGAAGAAUAAAAGGAUUCAACCACUGCUGCUAUGACUGCACAGACUGUUCAGAAAACACCUGGAGCAGCACAGACAGCACCAGCUGCUCCCCGUGCCCGCAGCACCUCUGGGCUCCCUCCCGCAGCACGCGGUGCCACCGGCGCUCCGAGCGCUUCCUCUCGUGGCGCGACCCCCUGGCCCUGGCCCUGCUGUCCCUGACGGCUGGCACGGCAGCCCUGAGCUGCGUGGCAGCGCUGCUGUUCCUGAAGCACCUGCACACCCCGCUGGUGCAGCUGUCCGGGGGUGCCAGGAGCCUCCUCGCCCUGCUGUGGCUGCUGCUGCUGAGCCUGAGCUGCUGCCUGUACGUGGGCAGGCCCAGCGCCGCGCUCUGCUCGCUGCAGCAGCUCUCCUACGCCCUGUGCUUCAACGGCUGCUUCUCCACCUUGGUGCCCGAGGCUCUGGAGAUCACCUUGCUCGCAGAAUUCCCUCGCCGUGCCCCCGGCUUGCUGUGCUGGGUGACCAGGGCCAGGGCCUGGCUGCUGGUGGCCGCGUCCCUCCUCGCCCAGGUGUUGCUGUGCUUCGGUCACCUGUACCUGGGUCCCGACCGCCUGGUGCUGGACUACAAAUCCCUGCCCAGGGAGGUGCUGCUGGCGUGCGACACUCGGUCCUGGGCCGCCUUUGCCCUCCUGCACGGCUACAACAGCUGCCUGGCCCUGGUCUGCUUCCUGUGCACCUUCAUGGUGCCAACCAGGGCCACCAGGUACAACGCGGCCAGGGGCAUCGCCUUCGCCAGCCUCGCCUGCUUCGUCGUCUGGAUUUUCUUCCUCGUGGUUUUCGCCACGCUCGGGACCGUCCUCAGGGCCGUGGCGCAGAUUUGCACCAUCCUGGCCACCGCCCUGGGCGUUUUGGCUAGUUACUUCGUGCCCAAGUGUUACAUCGUGGUGUUCAGGCCCGACCUGAACACGGAGGAUUAUUGCCAGAAGCUCACCGAGCCACAGCACUGCAGGGCCAUGAAAUCAAAAUUAAAAGUUCAGACUUUGAUGGCCAUGAAAUUAAAAUUUCAGACUUUAGUGGCCAUGCAAUUAAAAUUUCAGACCUUGAUGGCCAUGAAAUCAAAAGAAUUAAAAUUUCAGACUUUGAUGGCCAUGAACUCAAAAUCAAAAUUCCAGACCUUGGUGGCCAUGAACUCAAAAUUAAAAUUCCAGACCCUGGUGGCCGUGAACUCAAAAUUGAAAUUUCAGACCCUGGUGGCCAUGAACUCAAAAUCAAAAUUUCAGACUUUGAUGGCCGUGAAGUCAAAAUCAAAAUUCCAGUCGCUGGUGGCCGUGAACUCAAAAUUAAAAUUCCAGACCCUGGUGGCCGUGAACUCAAAAUUGAAAUUUCAGACUUUGAUGGCCAUGAACUCAAAAUUAAAAUUCCAGUCGCUGGUGGCCGUGAACUCAAAAUUGAAAUUCCAGACCCUGGUGGCCGUGAACUCAAAAUUGAAAUUUCAGACUUUGAUGGCCAUGAACUCAAAAUCAAAAUUCCAGUCGCUGGUGGCCGUGAACUCAAAAUUAAAAUUCCAGACCCUGGUGGCCAUGAACUCAAAAUUGAAAUUCCAGACCCUGGUGGCCGUGAACUCAAAAUUGAAAUUUCAGACUUUGAUGGCCAUGAACUCAAAAUUAAAAUUCCAGACCCUUGUGGCCGUGAACUCAAAAUUGAAAUUCCAGACCCUGGUGGCCGUGAACUCAAAAUAA